AUGGAGUUUGUGCCCACACUGCCGGCCGGCGGGCUUGGGCUACUUCAGCCUACGGAGGAUUCCUUUGACCGGCUGAUGGAAAGACUCAACGCGGUCCAUCUUCAGCAAGUCGCCACCCUAAAUCGGAAGGUCGAACGGCUCCGGCGUCAGCUUCGCAACUGUGUUCGCCGGG